AUGGAGAACCCAGCCGAGCUUUGGCAAAUCGAGGAAGUACCAGACGUCCCCAACCUGUCGACCGAAGAGGUAGCAUGCGAAAUCCACUUCCUAUCCACCUACCAGCGUGAUGAAUCUGGAAGAUUCAUGGUCCAGCUUCCGUUCAAUAGUGAUCUUCCCCUCCUGGACGAUUGUCGUGCUCUGGCCCUGAAGCGUUUUCUGAUGUUGGAGAAACGACUCGUCCGCAAUCCAGAACUUCGAAUUCAGUAUGUGGAUUUCAUCCGGGAGUAUGAAGCUCUCGGUCACUGCCGGGAAAUCAAGGAAUCUGAAGAUCCACCUAACCAGCAGAGCUACUACCUUCCUCACCAUGCCGUACUUCGACCUUCCAGUUCGAGCACGAAAUGUCGUGUCGUGUUCGAUGAAAGUGCCAAAUCUUCGCCGUCGCAUCUUUCACUGAACGAUGUACUCCACCAGUACUCGGUCCAGUAG